CCAUCCUUCUGAAAGAGAACAGAGGAAGGAAGAAGAUGCACUGGAACUGAGUUCCAAGCAGCACUUAGAGAGAAAAAGAAAGUAAGUGAGUAAAUUCAUUCAUCUACUCUGAUUCCCCAUUCUUUCUCUUUCCCCUGCCUUUUACACACUAAUUUGGAGACGCAGCAUUCCUUCUGUGUGUUAUUGUACUGAGGUUAUCAUCAAUGGCUUCUCUGGUAUCUUCCCCUUCUACUUUGCCCAGCUCUAAGGCUGACCAGCUUUCUUCUCUUGCCCAAAAACAUUUCUUUCUCCAUUCUUUUCUUCCCAAAAGAGCCAAUUUUGGCAAUUCAAGGUCCCCCAUGAGAGUGAAAUGUGCCGCAAUUGGCAAUGGCCUAUUCACCCAAACAUCCCCAGAAGUUCGUAGGAUAGUUCCAGAGAAAGACAUGAACCUUCCAAAGGUUAAAAUUGUAUAUGUUGUCCUCGAAGCUCAGUACCAAUCAUCUCUCUCGGCUGCUGUGCGAGCUCUCAAUGGUGGCAAACAAUAUGCUUCCUUUGAAGUUGUGGGUUACUUGGUGGAGGAGCUUCGAGAUAAAUCGACGUACAAAACAUUCUGUAAGGAUCUCGAAGACGCUAAUAUUUUUAUCGGGUCUUUGAUUUUUGUGGAGGAGCUUGCUCUCAAAGUUAAGGCUGCGGUAGAGAAAGAAAGGGACAGGCUGGACGCGGUUUUGGUUUUCCCAUCAAUGCCUGAAGUAAUGAGGCUAAACAAGCUGGGUUCUUUUAGCAUGUCACAGCUUGGGCAAUCCAAGAGUCCGUUCUUCCAGCUUUUUAAGAGAAAGAAGCAGCAAUCAGCUGGGUUCGCUGAUAGUAUGUUGAAGCUCGUAAGAACUUUGCCUAAGGUUUUGAAGUAUUUACCAAGUGAUAAAGCUCAAGAUGCCAGACUUUACAUACUGAGUCUGCAGUUUUGGCUUGGUGGAUCGCCUGAUAAUCUGCAGAAUUUCUUGAAGAUGAUUUCUGGGUCUUAUGUUCCGGCAUUAAAAGGGACAAAGAUCGAUUAUUCGGAGCCAGUUCUGUACUUGGAUAGUGGAAUAUGGCACCCGUUGGCUCCUUGUAUGUAUGAUGAUGUGAAGGAGUAUUUGAAUUGGUAUGCAACCAGAAAGGAUGCCAAUGAGAAGCUCAAGAGUCCCAAUGCACCUAUAAUUGGUUUGAUUUUGCAGAGAAGUCACAUUGUAACUGGGGAUGAAGGCCACUAUGUGGCAGUGAUUAUGGAACUUGAAGCAAGAGGGGCUAAAGUUAUUCCUAUUUUUGCCGGUGGGCUUGACUUUUCCGGUCCAGUAGAGAAAUAUUUGAUCAAUCCGAUUACUAAGAAGCCAUUUAUAAAUUCCGUUGUAUCACUUACCGGCUUUGCUCUUGUUGGAGGCCCGGCAAGGCAGGAUCAUCCAAGAGCAGUUGAGGCUUUGAGGAGGCUCGAUGUGCCAUAUAUUGUUGCACUGCCACUAGUGUUCCAGACCACAGAGGAGUGGCUCAACAGUACAUUGGGUUUGCACCCAAUUCAGGUAGCCCUGCAAGUUGCUCUGCCUGAGUUAGACGGAGGCAUGGAGCCCAUUGUAUUUGCUGGUCGAGAUCCUAGAACUGGAAAAUCUCAUGCUCUUCAUAAGAGGGUGGAACAGCUCUGCACUAGAGCCAUCAGAUGGGCUGAAUUGAAGAGAAAAUCAAAGGCAGAGAAGAAAUUAGCCAUCACUGUUUUCAGUUUCCCUCCAGACAAAGGAAAUGUAGGAACUGCCGCUUACCUCAAUGUUUUCUCCUCCAUUUUCUCUGUUGUGAAAGAACUAAAAAGAGAUGGUUACAAUGUCGAUGGCCUUCCAGAAACUUCUGAAGCUUUGAUUGAAGAAGUCAUACAUGACAAAGAGGCACAAUUCAGCAGCCCAAAUCUAAACGUUGCUUAUAAAAUGAGUGUUCGUGAAUACCAAAAGUUGACUCCCUAUGCCUCAGCAUUAGAAGAGAAUUGGGGAAAACCUCCCGGGAAUUUGAAUGCAGAUGGAGAGAAUCUAUUGGUGUAUGGGAAACAGUAUGGCAAUGUCUUCAUAGGGGUUCAGCCCACGUUUGGCUAUGAAGGCGAUCCUAUGCGGCUGCUUUUCUCCAAAUCUGCCAGCCCACAUCAUGGAUUUGCAGCGUAUUACUCUUUUGUUGAAAAAAUUUUCAAAGCCGAUGCUGUUCUUCAUUUUGGAACACAUGGUUCACUUGAAUUUAUGCCUGGAAAACAAGUGGGGAUGAGUGACGUAUGUUACCCUGACAGUCUGAUUGGAAAUAUCCCCAAUGUCUACUACUAUGCUGCUAACAACCCUUCCGAAGCCACCAUAGCCAAGCGCAGGAGCUAUGCGAAUACCAUUAGCUAUCUGACACCUCCAGCAGAAAAUGCUGGACUUUACAAAGGUCUUAAGCAGUUAAGCGAGCUCAUUUCUUCCUACCAGUCCCUUAAGGACACUGGCCGGGGACCACAAAUUGUGAGUUCAAUUAUCAGCACUGCUAGACAAUGCAAUCUUGACAAGGAUGUGGAACUUCCAGAAGAGGGCGAGGAGAUCCCAGCAAAAGAACGAGAUCUUGUAGUUGGUAAGGUGUAUUCAAAGAUCAUGGAGAUUGAGUCCCGCUUAUUGCCUUGCGGGCUUCAUGUCAUUGGUGAGCCUCCCUCGGCCUUGGAAGCAGUUGCUACACUGGUGAACAUUGCCGCACUUGAUCGUCCUGAAGAUGGUAUUUCUUCACUCCCAGCAAUACUAGCUGAGACUGUAGGAAGAGAUAUUGAGGAUGUUUACAGAGGGAAUGACAAAGGAAUAUUGAAGGACGUGGAGCUUCUUCGACAAAUUACUGAAGCAUCACGUGGAGCUAUUACAGCAUUUGUGAAGCGAACUACAAAUGAGAAGGGUCAAGUUGUUGAUGUAGCUGAUAGGCUUGGUUCAAUUCUUGGAUUCGGAAUCAAUGAGCCAUGGAUUCAGUACUUGUCAAACACCAAAUUUUACCGAGCAGAUAGGGAAAAGCUAAGAAUAUUGUUUUCUUUCUUGGGAGAAUGUUUGAAGUUGGUUGUGGCUGACAAUGAAUUAGGAAGUCUAAAACAGGCCUUGGAGGGCAAAUAUGUGGAGCCUGGUCCAGGUGGUGACCCCAUUAGAAACCCGAAAGUUUUGCCCACAGGAAAGAAUAUCCAUGCGCUUGACCCACAAGCUAUUCCUACAACAGCAGCUAUGCAAAGUGCCAAAAUAGUGGUAGAUAGGUUGAUUGAGAGGCAAAAAGCUGAUAACGGAGGAAAGUAUCCUGAGACAAUUGCACUUGUACUCUGGGGAACGGAUAAUAUCAAGACUUAUGGUGAAUCCCUGGCUCAGGUCUUGUGGAUGAUCGGUGUGAGACCAGUGGCGGAUACAUUUGGACGGGUCAACCGGGUGGAACCAGUUAGUCUCGAAGAGCUUGGAAGGCCAAGAAUUGAUGUUGUUGUUAAUUGCUCUGGAGUGUUCAGAGAUCUUUUCAUCAAUCAGAUGAAUCUCCUGGACAGAGCUGUGAAAAUGGUUGCUGAAUUAGAUGAGCCAGUAGAGCAAAACUACGUGAGGAAGCAUGCAUCGGAACAAGCUCAAGCCCUAGGGAUUGAAGUUCGAGAAGCAGCAACCAGGGUCUUCUCCAAUGCCUCAGGAUCCUACUCCUCAAAUAUAAACCUGGCCGUGGAGAACUCUUCGUGGAAUGACGAGAAGCAGCUUCAGGACAUGUACCUUAGCCGCAAGUCUUUUGCUUUUGACUGUGAUGCUCCUGGCUCAGGCAUGACUGAAAAGAGAAAGGUCUUUGAGAUGGCUCUGAGCACAGCAGAUGCUACAUUCCAAAACCUUGAUUCAUCUGAAAUUUCCCUCACCGAUGUCAGUCACUACUUUGAUUCGGACCCUACUAAUCUGGUUCAAAAUCUAAGGAAAGAUAAGAAGAAGCCAAGUGCGUACGUUGCAGACACAACCACAGCCAAUGCGCAGGUCCGUACUCUUUCCGAGACUGUGAGACUCGAUGCACGAACCAAGCUAUUGAACCCUAAGUGGUACGAAGGAAUGUUGUCCAGUGGCUACGAGGGUGUCCGUGAAAUUGAGAAGAGACUCACUAACACUGUGGGGUGGAGUGCAACUUCAGGCCAAGUUGACAAUUGGGUCUAUGAAGAAGCCAACACUACGUUCAUUCAAGAUGAGGAAAUGCUGAACAAGCUUAUGAACACGAAUCCUAACUCCUUUAGGAAGUUGGUUCAGACGUUCUUGGAAGCCAAUGGACGUGGCUAUUGGGAAACUUCUGAACAGAACAUUGAGAGGCUCAGGCAAUUGUAUUCCGAAGUGGAAGACAAAAUCGAAGGAAUAGACCGUUGAAUUUCGGGCCUGAUAUUGAGGGAUUGAGGAAUGAGAAGAACAUACAACAGCGAAUAAAUCUGAAAUUGCUGAUUUAUCUUUGCCACCCGUAUUUGGAACCUUGCUCCACUUUGAUGUUCAUUAUCUAGGAUACCUUUUUGUAUCAUUUUGUUUUUCUUGUCUCUUUCCCUGUUGUAAUUUAAUUUAUUUGCAGGGAUCAAUCAAUGUGUAGUUGCAAGCUCUACCCCUAUGCAAACAAAAGAAGCUUCUGAUUCAAAGUUAA